AUGGCUGCCAAAAAUGCCAAGACGCAGUCGGUUUUGCCAGAAAACCAAAACAAGAUGGCCGUCAGCAUGCUUUACAAGGCAUUGGCAAGCGGUGGGGACACGUACAGGGUGGCCGGACUUCUAGCUACCGACUUAGAAUGGUGGUUUCAUGGGCCUCAAAAUUGCCAGCACAUGAUGAGGGUGCUCACUAAUGAGUCUGCUCGAGCUGUGUUCAAGUUCGAGCCUCGGAGCAUCUCUGCCAUCGAUGACCAGGUGAUUGUGGAGGGCUGGGAAGGAGCACAAGCCUAUUGGGUGCAUGUUUGGACCCUAAGAGAUGGUUUAAUCACCCAGUUUAGGGAGUACUUCAACACAUGGCUCACCAUGACAGAAUUGAUUGGGCAUGAGAGCCCGACACUAUGGCAAAGCCAACCUCAGGAUCUCGUGAACCGAUCAUUGCCGGGCCUUGUGCUGGCCAUCUGA